AUAGGAGCUGGAUUUGAGGGUGGAGGGGAUAGACUGCUGCAAGGGGUCAGCCCCCAUAUGACGGCUUGCUGCUGUAGGGGUGGGAGACCCUCUGUCCCAUCGCUCAGAAGAAGUGCCUCCCCUCCGCUAAAAUGUCGACAGCAAUAAGAAGUUAGGCAACACUGGGUAGAUGGACAACUGCGAAGAAGAGUGGCCAGAGGGCCAGCACUCUUUAGAGGCUCCGGGUGGUAUUCAGGCCUCUGCUGGAACCGUGGAAGAGUGUGUGGUUCUCUACUCCGAUCCUGAGGAUGACCCUGCACUCCUUGCUGACAAUGGGGCAGGUGCCCGGGCUCCCUUCCACUGUUCUGAAUGUGACAAAAGCUUCCGCUACCGCUCAGACCUGCGUCGCCAUUUUGCUCGGCAUACUGAGCUGAAGCCGUUCCAGUGCCCUCACUGCGUCAAGAGCUUCAAGCAUUCCUUCAACCUGGUGAACCACAUCCGGAGCCACACUGGGGAGCGCCCUUACCGCUGCACCAUGUGUCCCAAAGGCUUCCGGGAUUCCACAGGGCUCUUGCAUCACCAGGUGGUGCACACGGGGGAGAAGCCGUAUUGCUGCCAUGUCUGUGAGCUCCGCUUCUCCUCGCGCAGCAGCCUGGGCCGCCACCUCAAGCGGCAGCACCGGGCUUCUCCAGCCGCCGCCGCCCCUCAGACCCCUGCCCCCCGCUGCCUGGCCUGUGGCAAAGAGCAGAGCCCUCUGGGGCACCUGUGCAGUGCGGGGCGGGGCCGGGCUGCCCCGUUUGGUUGCGGGGCCUGUGGGCGGCACUUCCCAUUAGCAUGUGAGUUGCGCCGCCAUUGGCUGGCCCAUACUGACAUCAAGCCCUUUAAAUGCCCGGACUGUGAGAGGGACUUCAAUGCCGCAUCACUGCUGGAACGCCACAAGCUCACGCAUGCCAAGGACAGGCCUCCACCCUGCCCGGUGUGUGCUGGGAAGGUCCAGCAGAAGAACAGGUCGCUGGAACUUCAGGGCCUGGAGGAAGAGCAGAAAGGGGGCGAGCGAGAGGGACCAGCUCAGCAGCACAGCAAAGGCUGCCCAACCUGCCACCCCCUGGAUGCUCGUCCCUCUGAGACUCUGUAUCAGUGUGAAUGUGGGACCUUUUUUGCCAACGGCAACACACUUGCAGCCCACUUGACUGCCCAUGGGGGUGAGCCCUCCUUCACCUGUGGCAUAUGCGGCCAGCCCUUUGUGAACCUACAGGCCCUGGAGGAGCACCAGCUGAGCCAUGCUGUGUCCCCAUCUCCGAUGCCAGGACCAGGCAGUGAGCUUGAACGCCACCUCUUGCCCCCACUGGAUCUUCGGACUUUCCCAGCCCGGCCUGGCAAGAAACUCUACAAGUGCAGCGAGUGCGAGAAAUAUUUCCGCAGCCCACGGGAUCUGGACCGUCACGUCUUGGUGCACACCGGUGAGAAACCCUACCAGUGCACCGAGUGUGGCAAAUUCUUCCGGCAUGAGUGCUACCUGAAACGGCACAGGCUGCUGCACAGUGGCGAGCGCCCUUUCAAGUGCACCUUCUGCCACAAGGGCUUCAUCACCUUGAGCAACCUUUCCCGCCAUCUCAAGCUGCACCGUGGAAUUGACUAGAGGCGGGAUCCUGGCCUCAGCAGAACAGCCUCUCUUCCUACCCUGCCCCGUCUCAGCACUGCUGUCCACUACCUCUGCCCAGAGAUGAUCUGGUUUCGGAGAUGUCCCUCUGCCUGAUGGCACACUUAGAACUUUGCUCACUCUGCUCUCCUGGUCACCUCCUGUAGCCAAGAACUCACAAACUUGGAAACGAACCAAUGAAAAGUAUUAUGAUUAUUUACUAAUAUCUCACUACUGUUAAUAGUAUGUGUUGCACAUGCGUGGCAGUUAUAAAGUUUUGGAGUGGGGGAUUAGGGGUAGAUGCCUGGCUGCACUAUGUGCCCCAGUUGAGCUUUUGGGAUUUGCAUCCAUCAUACUUUAGAUGAGAAUUAAGCUAUGUCAGGAAAUUGAAAGGUAUUUUGUCAUCACAAAUGUGAAGUGACUAAAUUGCCAAGAUCCUGCUGGGCAAAACAUGUGAGCACUGUAGUUGUUUGGCAUAGGAAGGGUGGAUCAGAGAAAUCACAGCACCUUCACAAAACUUCACAUCCAAAGGUCAUGUUGAGACAACCCGGACCAAUGAAUCACUCUAAAAUCCAUUUUAGCUUGUAGAAUAGCUCUACACAUUAUUUAUAGAAAAGCUUUAUGGUGAUUAUUUAGGGAAGCUUACUAUUAUGAUUUGAGGUCCUUCUGCUUCACACCUCCAAUAUUUCUGUCCACCUUUUUCUUAAAAAAUAAGCUGGGAUCAAUGCCCUUAUGCCCUUUUUAAAAAGUCACAUGAUUGACCUAAAAUCAGAAGGUUUAAAUACAAAGGCUGAGGUACUUUUAGUUGCUGUCUAAACAAAACUCUUGAUAGUUUUAGCUCAAGGGCUAUCAUUUUGUUUCCAGAGAUGUUACUGCAAUCAUGAGAACUGGAUUUUUUUUAAGCUGCUACAAUCCUGUUUGGCUCAUCACUGGGUAGGGCAACAUUGCUUUGAAGAUGACUUGCUGCCUGCAGGUUGUAUAGUAGUUGUGUCUCCUGUAGGCCUCUGUGAUUUAUAUGGAGCCUACAGUAUUGCAUAACUUCUGUCUGAAGGCUUUCUAAGGGGCAGGGUUCAAUCAUGCGCUCUUUCUUAUUGUGGGAGGGGGUUGCUUCCUAUCACACCUGCUGCUUGUUUUACUUCUAUUUCCUUUCUUCUGUCAUAACACCAUUUCUCUUGGCCCCUACGAGCCAAGCAGAAGCAUGUUUGUUUCUAAAAAUUUACUGUUCAUUUCUGGAAACUAGUUGAAUACUAAAGAUUUUAUACCACGGUAGAGCCAAUGUACAAGUCUGAUCUUCAAUAUAAGGCAACAGUUUACAAACUAUUGCAGUGAAGAGAGUAUUUGCAAUUUGCAGAAGGAUAGUGGGGAACUGGAUAAAUUUCUCCUUCAUGUCUGGCUAUAUAGGGGCUGGAGUGUGGGAAGCUCUUUCUUUGUUCUAGGUUUGUGUGUCUCUGUAGCCUCCCAAGUGUGUAGCACCUAAACAAGACCUGGGUUGCAGGAGCUUGGAAGCCACAUACACUUGUACCAAAGUCAAAUAAGCUUUCAGAAAACAUGCUUAAAAAGAAAGGAAUAUGCUAUAAGAAAAAAAUGGGAUGCAAAUUUGGGUUGUCAGUUUUCCAGUUCUACACAUGAAAAAGAAACUCCUGCUGCCCUUGCAAUAUUCUCCUUUGCCUACUUGCGUUAUUCCUUAUGGCCUCCUGACUGGACACACUGGUAACUAAAUGCCAUAUUAAUUGGAUUCAGAUUCCACAGAAACAGCUGUUUGCCCUCUCUUCCUCCAUGAAAUUAUUUUCUGACAAAUAGUAGAGUCUUAUUCUCCUUUUAUUUUUAUUUCUUUUAAGUCCUUGGUAGGUCUUUGAAAAUAAUCUAAUAAAAAUAUGUUCCUGACCAAA